GUGCAGGACUUCCGGUCGGCGGCAAAGCGUGUGCUGCUGUGUAGUGCAACGUUAUUGUGACGAAAGGAUACCAAACAUAUACCUUAAAAUUCACAGUGCUUAUUUAAUUUGAGCUAAAAUGAGUUUACCUCUGAACCCGAAGCCUUUCCUGAACGGCCUGACAGGAAAACCAGUGAUGGUGAAGCUGAAGUGGGGCAUGGAAUAUAAGGGCUACCUCGUGUCUGUGGACGGGUACAUGAAUAUGCAGCUGGCAAACACAGAAGAGUAUGUGGAUGGAGCGUUGGCCGGACAUCUCGGUGAGGUUCUCAUCAGGUGCAAUAAUGUUUUGUACAUCAGAGGUGUAGAAGAGGAGGAAGAGGACGGCGAGAUGCGAGAGUGAUGCCGGGCUGAUGUGUGUUUGUGUUUUCACCGUGUGAAACAAAUGAACGUUUGGGGUUAUUUUUCAAGCAGCUUUGAAUCUUUUUUUUUUUUUUUGUCCUACUGUAUGUGAGACCAGUUUUAUGUUGUGAUACAGACACAAUAAAGUGAUUAUUGUACCCUU